UUGUCUGUGACUACCUCAGCGAACUCAACUACGAUGGAAGCUCCAGCUGCAAAGACGACCAAGACCAAGAAGCCCAAGGCCCCAGCCGCUCACCCUCCUGUAGCAGAGAUGGUCAACGCUGCCAUUCGUGAUCUGAAGGAACGAGGAGGGUCUUCCCUUGUUGCUAUUAAGAAAUACGUAGCCGCUACCUACAAGGUGGAUACCGUGAAGCUGGCCCCGUUUAUGAAGCGAUACCUGAAGAGUGCCGUGCUCGCUGGUACGUUGGUGCAAACCAAGGGGACCGGUGCAUCUGGUUCGUUCAAACUAGGUGCAGCUGCUAAGAAGCCUGCCGCUAAACCCAAGGUUAAGAAACCAAAAACGGUGAAACCCAAGAAGCCCAAGGCCACACCAAAGAAGGCUAAGAAACCGGCAGCUACCAAAAAGGCGACUAAACCUAAGAAGGCCACGAAGUCCCCCAAGAAAGCUGCCAAACCUAAAGCUACCAAGAAAACCACGACACCCAAGAAAACAGCAAAGAAACCCGCUGCCAAGGCUAAAGCAGCGAAGAAGACUCCAAAGAAAGCAGCCAAGAAGCCGGCUAAGAAGUGAAGGAAGAUUG